AUGGUCCAGCCUUUAGUUCAGGAUAUCUCCUAUUUCUCGUUAUCGACCUCUGAUGAGGCCCGUUUCCAACAAGCAAGGGAAUUCUAUUGCGGCUUUCUUCAAUUCAAGGUCAUUAAAGAAACUUCCACGACUGUAUGGCUUUCUCAUGAAUCUCCAGAUGCGACAAGUCCCCCAAAGACGGUUCGCAUUGCUUUAGAUUCAAAAAUCAAACAAACCAGUGAGAAUAUCGAAAUCUUGAUGGCUGAUUUAGAGAAAAAGCUCCAUACCAACGAUUGGCGUUCUCUUAAGUUAAGUUUGGUUUUCAAGACAAAUUCCUUAGCUACUAUUUAUCAAAGAUGCCUUGCUCGCCAAAAAUCAUCAUCUUUCCUUUUCCAAACUCGUCCUGAUAAUGUGGCACCAGUCGAACUUUACUUGCUUGACCCACUUGGAAAUCUCAUUGGCUUUACUUCUGCAUCCAACACUUUCUCAUCAGGGAUCCCUCAACUUAACGUUAUCAAAAAGGAAGCUUCGAAGGCACAAUCUUUAAUCACUCCUGGCUUUUCUGUGUCCCAUAAGGCCUUUGAGCCACGCAACAUCGCGGUGAUGACUUCUGGAGGUGAUGCUCCAGGGAUGAACGCUAACGUUAGAUCAAUUGUUCGUACUGCAAUUAUCAAGGGGUGUCGUGCCUUUGCAAUUUAUGAAGGUUAUGAAGGGCUUGUUCGUGGUGGUCCAGAAUACAUUAGAGAAAUGGGCUGGGAUGACGUCCGUGGAUGGCUACGAGAAGGUGGGACUAAUAUCGGUACCGCUCGUUGCAAAGAGUUUAGAGAACGUGCUGGACGUCUUAGUGCUGCGAAAAAUUUGAUUGAUGCCGGAAUUGACGCUCUUAUUGUUUGUGGUGGUGAUGGUUCCUUAACUGGGGCAGACGUGUUCCGUCAUGACUGGCCUUCGCUUGUCAAGGAAUUGCUUGAUUCUGGAAGGAUCACCGAGGAACAAUAUGCCAAACAUGAGCAUUUGAAUAUUUGUGGUACUGUUGGAUCGAUUGAUAAUGAUAUGUCAUCCACUGACGCCACGAUUGGUGCCUAUUCUUCACUUGCAAGAAUUUGCCAAGCUGUGGACUACAUUGAUGCUACUGCCAAUUCCCAUGCCCGUGCCUUUGUGAUCGAAGUUAUGGGUCGUCAUUGUGGGUGGUUGGCCCUUAUGGCAGGUAUUGCUACCAGUGCAGAUUAUAUUUUGAUUCCUGAAAAACCAGCCAGCAGUCAACAAUGGCAAGAGCAAAUGUGUCAGAUCGUUUCCAAGCAUCGUGAGCGCGGCAAGCGUAAGACAAUUGUCCUCGUGGCAGAAGGGGCAAUCACAAAUGAUUUAGUGCCAAUUAGCACCAAAGAUGUGGCCGAUGUCUUGAUCAAUAAAUUAGGCUUAGACACUCGUAUCACAACACUUGGUCAUGUUCAGCGUGGUGGUACUGCGGUGGCCUAUGAUCGUAUGUUAGCUACUUUACAAGGGGUCGAAGCUGUUGAAGCCGUUCUUGAAUGUACUCCAAAUACACCAUCUCCAAUGAUUGGUAUCGAAGAAAAUAAAAUUGUUCGUCGCUCUCUUGUGGAUGCUGUUAAACUUACACAAUCCGUUGCCGAGGCAAUUUCAGAAAAAAAUUUCAAGAAAGCCAUGAGUUUGAGAGAUACAGAAUUUAGUGAGCAUUUGAACAAUUUCAUUGCCAUGAAUUCUGCUGACCAUAAUGUGCCUACUUUGCCAGUCGAAAAAAGACUCAACAUUGCAAUUAUCAACGUUGGUGCUCCUGCUGGUGGGAUGAACAGUGCCAUCUACUCUAUGGCCACAUAUUGUAUGUCUAAAGGGCAUACUCCAUACGCUAUUGCUAAUGGGUUCCCAGGGCUCGUUAAGCAUGGUGCCAUUAAACCACUUGAUUGGAUCCAAAUCUCCGAUUGGAACUCUCUUGGUGGUUCAGAAAUCGGAACUAAUCGUGCCACUCCUAGUGAAACUGAUUUAGGAAUGAUUGCUUUCAAAUUAGAACAGCACGGAAUUGAUGGGUUGAUUCUUGUUGGUGGGUUUGAAGCAUUUGUCUCAUUGAAGGAAUUAGAACAAGCUCGUAACUCAUAUCCUGCUUUCCGUAUCCCAUUAGUGCUCAUUCCUGCUACUAUUUCUAAUAAUGUUCCAGGUACUGAGUACUCCCUUGGUGCUGAUACUUGUCUCAAUUCAUUGAUGGAAUAUUGUGAUAUUGUCAAACAAUCUGCAUCAGCUACCCGUAACCGUGUGUUUGUGGUAGAAGUUCAAGGUGGUAACUCUGGUUAUAUUGCCACAUAUGGACAGUUGAUCUCAGGUGCAAGUUUAUCUUACGUUCCUGAGGAAGGUAUCUCGUUGGAGCAACUUGAAGCCGACAUUGAAGAAUUGAAAACCUCUUUCAAGAAUGAUGAAGGGAAAAUGAAAGCUGGACGCUUGUUCCUUAAAUCCCAGAAUGCUAGUAAUGUCUUAUCAGCUAAAGUGAUUGCCGAUAUAGUUAAUGAAGAAAGUAAUGGGAGAUUUGAAGCUCGUACCGCAAUUCCAGGGCACGUUCAACAAGGUGGUAUUCCUUCACCAAUUGAUCGCACGAGAGGUGCUAGAUUGGCUUGUCGUGCAGUGGAAUUUAUUGAGCAACACACUGAUCUCUUGAAGGACAUCAAAUACGAUGAAGAUUACUGCAGUUAUAUUGCCAAGCAGUCUGAAAAUGAUUCUGAGCUGAUUAAGGCAACAGCUGUUGUUGUUGGUGUUAAGAGUAAUCAAAUUGUGUACAGACCGAUCUGUCAAUUAUAUGAUUAUGAGACUGAAGUGAAAAAAAGAAUGCCAAAAUCUGUUCACUGGAAAGGUGUUCGUGAAGUUGCUGACAAGUUGGUUGGAAGAUCCCAUUCAUGA